AUGAAUCAAGGAGAAGUUGAUGACUGGGAAUUAAGAUUAUUAAUAGCUGAAAUCGACAAAAAACCUAUCAAUAGAGGCUCAAGCUACGAAAAUCUUCUAUCGAAGCUUCUAGAAGUUCGAAAAGAAAUUAAUAAAAACAAUUUCAUUCUCGACGAGGAUAUGUUAGAUGAAAUCGAGUCUGGGAGAGAUGAAUUAAUUGAAUAUGAGUAUAUUUUGGACUUCAGUGAUUACUUGGAGUCGGAUUUCAAUUUUAGUGAUUUGUCGGAAGAAUUGAAGAGAAAAUGUUUGAAUUAUUUGGAGGAAAGACCAUCGAUAAAUGAAACCGACCACGAAAUCGCCCUAUCUACAAUUCAAAAGAUUCAAAUAGAAAUCAAUCAAAGCGAUUUUGUGAUUGAAGAAGAUUUGUUGGAUUUAAUCGAUUCUGGGAGAGAAGAAAUCGAGAAAUCUGAAAAUGACGUCAAAUUUGAUACGAAUUGGAAUGAUUUGUCGCCGACGUUGAAGAUGAAAUGUAUGGAGUAUUUGGAUUUUGAAGACAGACUCUGUCUCCGUGCCACAUCUCGUACCGAAAUGAAAUCAAUCGAUUCGUAUCGCAUGAAGCUCGAUGUAGUUCAAUUAUUCCCAGAAGAAGACGUGUUCAUGAGUGUUAUGAGAAAUUUUAAGUAUUCAGAACUCAAAAUUCCAAAAAUCAAUGCAUUUGGAAGUGAUCGAAAUCUGAUUUACCUGGAAAAGUUCACUCAUUCACUUGCGUAUAUUCUGAAUCAUUGUAAUAUUACGAAACUGGAAGUGUUCGAGGUAUCAGGAAUGCAUACUCAUGUUCUGAAGAGACUUCAUCAAUUAGUGCCACCUCAAUCGAUUCAUGUCAAGUAUUUCUAUUCGAAUCUGCUUCACAGCACUUCCUCUUUCUUCCUCCACUGCUGCUGGAAUCGAACGGAAAGCAUCAUUUUUGAGAAUUUCCGCAAUUUUCAUGUCAAGGAACUUAAGAAAAUUCCAUCGGUAAAAACGGCGAAGAGAGUGCAUGUCGUCGACUCGGAUGGUUCGAUGAAGCAGUGGAGGGAAGCGAUGGAGAGAGGUCGUGUGGGGGAAGCAGCGAGAAGAUAA